AUGUUCAGUCAGGUGCUCCUCCCUAUCUAUUGUAUCAUUGUUUGUAUUGUAUUGUGUUGCACUGCACAUGAUUCAUCAACUUUUCUUGCCGCUCCUCCAUGUUCCACAGUCCAGUCCCUGACCUGUGAGCAGCGCAGUGUGGGAAUCUUAUUUCCCGCAAGCAUGGUGUGUGACAACUCCACUCUCAACUGCUACAUCGGAGAAGCAAGUAAGGAAGCCUGUACACCAAAAACGUGUGAAUAUGCAAUGAAUUAGCUUAUAUAACAUCAAUGUCAUAAUGAACCAAUCACUGAAAAAUCGUAUCCAAAAUCUAAUUCCAUCUAGAAUUCAAUGCCACAGGGUUUCUGAAACGCCACACCCGUGGCUGUCUGGACACAGACCUGUGUGGCAAGACCAUCACUGCAACCAUCUUGGGUGCUGGUGUCACCAGCAGCUUCUCAUGCUGCCAGACAGACCUGUGUAACAGCGCCAGCUCCGUCCAGGUCUAUGUGACUGUAGCCCUUAGCGUCACCCUGCUUGCCUGGGGGAAUGAAACUGGAAACUCUUUUUUUCAAACAGUGUGGAUAAAAGCCUCUGCUAAAUGACACAAAUGUCAAUGUAAAAUGACUUCUGUUCACAGUACUGUCUAAACAUGUUACACUUCUGUUCACACUGUUUAA